AUGGCAAUUAAAAAAAAGGUGGUCACUGUCUUCGGAGCGACUGGACUUCAAGGCAACUCUGUCACUUGUUCACUCUUAAGAGACCAAGUCUCCAACUUCCAGGUCCGGGCGAUCACCCGAAAUCCCGAAUCUGAGAAGUGCCAAGUGCUGCACAAACUCGGUGUUGAAGUUGUUAAAGGAAAUGGGUGGAACAAGGAUGACAUGCAGAGGGCCUUCUCUGGUUCCUGGGGAGCGUUCGUGAAUACCAAUUCCGAUGAUCCGAUCUUCAGCCAGCCCGAUGGGCCUACGGAGUUUGAUCUCGGAAAGAUCGUUGUUGACGGUAUGGUUGCCGGUGGAGUGAAGAACCUUGUUCUCAGUUCCAUGAGGCCGGCUGGAGAAGCAACCGGGGGAAAGAUGAAGAUCAAGACAAUGGACAGGUGGUAUUUUGAGCUGUUUCUGUCUGAAAAGAUGGCCAAGCUUCACCAAGGAUUUCCUUAUUUCCCCGAUGCCGAGGGCUACUUGAGUCUUCACUUGCCGAAGUGGGGAAAUGACAGCGGUGCGCCCUUUAUCGCGAUCGUGGACGACUUUGGUGACCUCGUCCAUGGAAUUCUGCUUGACCCGAAACGCUGGAAUGGCAAGACAAUUCAGGCUGUGAGCGAUAUUCAAUCUCUGCCUCAAUUCGUCCAAACCUUCUCCGAAAGUACUGGAAAGAAAGCACGCUAUGUCCCAUUGCCAUCUUGGCAAAGCCUUGGCGAAAGCAUUCCUGAGAUGGAAGAUGGCAGGCUGCUAUUUGCUUAUGGUGAAGCCACUAACGGCCGUUACUUUGUUGAGGACUCUUGCACCGAUGUACCUCUGGAAUUGAAAAGGCUCGCUGCUACUGCUCAAGGAAAAGAUGCAUCAACUGUAAGUUUGGCAUCAUUGAGUUCGUGGUUUGCCAAGAAACUUGGCACAUCUCAGGCCUGA